GUUCAGAGACUGCGGACAUGAUACAGGAGACGUUCAGAGACUGCGGACAUACUACAGGAGAUGGUCAGAGACUGCAGACAUGAUACAGGAGACGGUCAGAGACUGCGGACAUGAUACAGGAGACGUUCAGAGACUGCGGACAUACUACAGGAGAUGGUCAGAGACUGCAGACAUGAUACAGGAGACGGUCAGAGACUGCGGACAUGAUACAGGAGAUGUUCAGAGACUGCGGACAUGAUACAGGAGAAGCUCAGAGACUGUGGACAUACUACAGGAGAUGGUCAGAGACUGCAGACAUGAUACAGGAGAUGGUCAGAGACUGCAGACAUGAUACAG